ACUGGGCUCUCUUAUCAAAUAUUGCUAGCGGAAUAUCCAGAAAAUGUACAAUAUAUAUAAUUAAGAUAAGUAACUUAAAAAUCAAAUGUUUCAUCUUCUGCAACAAUAUUGAUUAUUAUAUUGUAUUACAUUAAUUAUUAUUUAUUAAAAAUAUUUUGUUUACCUAUCUUAAAUAAUAAAAAAAAGAAAGAUUGAAGUAUGACAAGUAAUCCUGUUAUUGAAUUGUUUAAUGAUCAAAAUAAACAAUUUGUUAAAGUAUGUGCACCUAUGGUCCGUUAUAGUAAGUAAGUACCUACACUUAUUUUUGAAUAUUUUAUUACUAACAAUUGACGCAUUUUUAAUAUUAAUAUUGCAAAAAUAGUGUACUCAUAGUUGAAUAUUCUUUUAGACUCCAAUUCCGAAAGUUGAUUCGUAUGUAUGACUGUGAUUUAUGUUUUACACCAAUGAUCAUGGCUGACUCUUAUGUCAAGUCAAUCAAAGCUAGAGAGCAUGAAUUUACAAUUGAUACAAGUUUGUUUAAACAUAAUAUUUACUUUGUUGUUUAUUAAUGGAAUUUAUUUAUCUUAUAGAUGACAGACCACUUAUUGUUCAAUUUGGUGCCAAUAAUGCAUCUGAUUUUGUAAAUGCUUCUAAUUUGAUAAUUACGUAAGUUAACUAUGUAUAAAUAUAUGUAUAUAAUUUUAUAACUUUAAAUUAAACAAGCGUUUGGUUUUUUAUAGACACUGUGAUGGAGUCGAUUUGAAUUGUGGCUGUCCACAAAGAUGGGCAUUAAAUGAUGGAUAUGGGGCACAGUUGCUAAAAAAUCCAGAAAUUAUCAAAGACUGUGUUCGUCAAUUUCGCAAUCGCAUACCUUCUAAUAAAACUAUAUCGGUUAAAUUAAGAUUACUUGAUGAUCAUAGGCAGGUAUUAAAUAAUAUAUUAUUAUGAUAAAUUAAUUUGCUAGAUUUUUAAAUCACCAAAUCAUGUAAUUCAUAUAAUAAAUCAUUCAAUAUAAAUAAUAUAAUAUAUUCAUAUCAUAUAAGUUAUUAGUGUUUGUCAUUGAUGAUAUUAUAGUACAGUAUAGUUGUUAAUUAUAAAGUGAUAAUAAAUUAGUUUUUUUCUUUAGAAGUACAUACAUUACUAUAAAAGUAAUAAAUAUUUUAGAUUUUGAGUAUCUACUAACUUGGUUAAAACAUGGAUUAUAAUAUUAUUAUCUAUAAACUACAGUAGGAAUUAUUAGGUGUUAUUUAAAAUUACACACUUUUCAUAAGACAUUUUGGUAGCGGUGAUGUUUGUUAUCCACACAAACUUUCUAGAUUCUGUGCUAUCUGCAUAAAAAUUAUACCGACUGAUUUAUACUUCAUUAUUAAAAUUCAUUUUUGCACAAUAUUAUUGUUUAUGAACACAUCACUCUGAUAUUAAAAAUGCACACAAUUAUCAAAAAAAUAAAAAAUAUGUCUAUAAAUAAGCAAAAGUAUUAAUUUUUUAAAAAAAAUCACAACUCUAUGUAAGUAGAAACAUAACGGUUUCAAUCAUUUUAGUAAGUUGAGCAUAUAAAAAUUAAACCAAAAUCUUUUUCUGAUUAGAUUUAGUGUCUUGUAUCUUUUAUUAACAUUGAGUAUUUGAAAUAACAAUUACUUUUGGUAAAAUAAUAUUGGUAGAUAUCAUACGCAGGACAUCAAUAUUAAUGCAAUAGUAGGUAGACAUGCAAUGUCACUUUUGAUAUUUCUGCAUAUAUAAGGUAUUAUUAUUAUUUUAUAAUGUUAACUAUAUAAAUUUUUUUUUUUCGGGUAGAUAGUAAAAACAACAAAAAAGAUAAAUUUUGCUUCUAGUAUACCUAGACAGAUAGUUGUUCAGCUCAGUACUUUCAUAUUGUGAAAAGAGCAUACAAAUAGUAAAAGAAGUUCAAAUAUGCAUCAAAUCUUUAAUUGUAAGCUCUGUUAAAAAUCAUUUACUGAACGUACUACGUCAAUGCUAGUUUUCAAAUCUUGUGAUUUGACACUUUAAAUUUUAAGUGACUUCUUAUUGUCUAAUUAAUUUUGAAUUUCUCAUGCAUUUGUGUUUUCUAUAAAUAAUUAUAUAAUAAAUAAUUUAAUAAUUUAUAAGGGUUUUCAACUGGAAGUAAUUUAUAAAAAUAACCUUUUUUCUAAAAAUUUUAUAGGAAAUCAAAUGACAUUGUAUCACUAUUAUCUUGCAGUGCAAAAUAGAACAAAUAUGAUAUCAUGUUUUGUGGUUUGGUGGUUUUUUAUAAAAAAAACCAUUCUUAUCCUAAUUAUAAUAUAUUGUGUAUUAUCAAAUGCAUGAUUUUAUUGACUUUAAAUGUUUUAAAAAGAGAUCAUACUGAAAAUGUAUAUGCCACUGUUGUAGUUGGGAAAUUAGAAAAAUAGGAUACAUAGUUAUUUAAUUUAUAUCUGUUUCAACGAUAAACCAUUGCAAAUGAAAAAUGUGAGUGAAGUUCUGUUAUACAAGGUUUGAAAUGAUGCAAUAGUUACGAUUUAGUUAAAAAUAUGAUGUUAAAACGCUUAUGAAAAAAAAACUACUACAUUAUGCUCAACUUUUUUUUCCACUAAGUUAAACUUAUAAUGAACCUCAAAUUAAAUUCUCAAGCAUUUGUGUUUAAUCAAAUUAUCUUAUCCACUGAUUACCUACUAAAUAAACUAUUAUAAUUCACAACUAUAAAAUGUUUAUAAAUAACUCAAUAAUCGCCAACAUUUUACUAAGUCUAUAAAAGUCUAAUAUAAGUAUUCUGUGAAAAUAUUCCACCUUACUAUAUUAUGUUUUUAAGAAAUAAAGUUAAAUAUAUUAUGUAAUUAAUACAUUGUUUUUAGGUUUAUUAUUUUUUUUUAUUCAGUUGUUUAUAAUUAUAAGUUACUGAUCAAAACUUCAAGUAAUUUUAUUUCUAUAUUUCAUAAAUUUAAAAUUAUAAUAUUUUUUUUUUUAUAGAAAAAGUGUAGAUCUUUGUCAAAAAGUUGAGGCGGCUGGAGUUUCAUUCAUUACCGUUCAUGGACGAAAAACCCUUCAAAAAAAUGAUCCUAUUGAUCAAGAGUGCAUAAAACUCAUAAAUGAAUCUGUGAAUGUUCCAGUCAUUUUAAAUGGCGAUGUUAAAAACUUAUCUGAUGCUAUUGCAAUGCAAAAGUAUACUGGUUGUAAAGGUAGUAGUAAAUUUCUUCAAGUAUAAAUGUCUAUGAUUAUUUUUUUAACAUUUAUUAUUUGUGUGCUUUAGGAGUGAUGAGUGCAAGAGGUAUAUUACAUAAUCCUGGUCUGUUUGCUGGUCAUAAUAGUACACCGCUAUCAGCUGUUCAAGAAUGGUUAAAUAUUCACCAUACUAACUUCCUAUGGUUUCAUCAUCAUUUAGUAUUUAUGUGUGAAAAUUUACUUCCUAAAAAUAUUAGAAAAAAAUUUAAUCAAUUGCGUAAAGCAUCAGAUGUAGUUUCUUUUUUAGAAGAUCAAUUUCAUAUACCAAAUGUACUUCAAAGUAAUAGGACAUUAGGAAAAGUACCUAGUGGAACGAGUGGGGCAUACUAUCAAAAUGUAUCUGAGAAGGAAACUAUUCUUUCUCAAUGUGAAGAUGUAAUGGAGGGCAUUUGUUUAUUUGAUUCUUAGCUUAUAGUUUAUUAUUAAAUAAUACAAAAUACAAAUAUUAAAUGUAUACAAUUUCUUUUUGUAUAAGUUAUGUACUUAACAUUUUUUAUAAUUUGUAAACAGAAUAAAUAAUGAAUUUUAUUCAAACAUAUAUAUUAUUAUAAAAUUAUUAUUUACUCCGUCUAUAUUACUAAAUAUAUAGCGAAUAGAAUAAAAUAUAAUAUUUUUAAAUUAUUCGGAAACUUUAAAUAAGUUUUUAAGAUUUUAGUUU